GUUGGUGAUGUCACAUCCGUAAACACGGAAUUAGCUUUAGCAAUGUUGCAGUUAGCUGUCAUCUCGCCCGUGCUUUCGUUUCAUUUAAUCACAUAACUCAAGAUGUCUCAAGCGGCUCCCUCAUGCAUCCAAAUUUCUGCCGAUGCUCCAGUGGACAAGGACGAAAUUACCGCCGAGGGUGAAGCUGUCCGCAAAGAGGCGACAGACGUCCAACGCGUUUUAAAGGAGGUGGGAUUCACUAGCGCCACCUUCAUUGGUCCCGCCUUCCCCCCGGAGAAGAACAUUGAUGACUCGCUGAGUGACUUUUACAAAGAGAUCCAAGCCAUUGACGAUCAAGUCGAGAAGGAACGGGCCACUUGUGUCCAACUGGAAACAUCAUCAACAAGCAGACGUCCAGAAAAACCUCUCGGGGAAGACGACAUCAGCAGAGCGGCAGUCAAGCACCCAUCGUGGCCUCACUGGUACAAAAACAGGCCGUAUUCCACUCACAGGGCGUCUCUUCGGUAUCGCCCCGAUUAUUAUCCUCCUCCGGCAUUCCACCCAACUCCGAGUCACCGACCGUCCCGCGGAUUCCGCCUGCCUUCUUUUCCAUACCCGCACCGUUCACCUCCACCCCGCCAUGGGAAUCCCGCCGACGACGACUGGUAUCCCGCUGGAAGUCGGCCGUUCUGGGGGACACCUCGUUAUGACCAUGGCAACUGGGGUAAUGGCGACGGUGGUGCUCAUGAUGCCGGGUGGUUCUGUGACCCACCGCAAUGUCAUUCUGAACAAGAUGAAAGCCAGCAACAGCGUUGCUAUGACAACUUUGACAGAACUUCGCCGUUGGUGCUCGUUCUCAUGAGAGGCCUCCCAGGCUCGGGGAAGACAACAAUGGCGAGGGAGUUGCUGGCGACGGCUCCCAGCGGCCUCAUCUUGAGCACAGACGACUACUUUGCCCAUAACGGCGGAUACCGCUACGAAGCGGGCCUACUCGGAGACGCACACGAGUGGAACCAUCGAAGAGCUUGCGCCGCCAUGCGCGACGGCCGCUCUCCCGUCAUCAUCGACAACACCAACCUGCAAGCCUGGGAGAUGAAGCCUUACGUCCAAAUGGCCUUACAGCAAGGAUACCGGGUAGACUUUUGUGAACCAAACACCAGCUGGAAGUAUGAUCCCUACGAGCUGGAGAAGCGGAACAAGCACGGCGUGCCUCAGGAGAAGAUCGCGCAGAUGCUGGAUCGUUUUUGGUCCCCCAUCACCGUGGACGUGGUGUUGAGUUCUCAGGAACCGCAACACGUUCACCAGAGGCGCCAAGCCGAGUGGAGGGAAGACGGAGCCAGAUAGAGCGAGCGGGAUUCCGCCGCCAAAAAUGUUGGAAAGACUCACUCAUUUUGUCUUUGAACUAUUUUGUACAGUUUUUGUAAAUUGGAGAAGUUGUACUGCUCUGUUUUUUU